AUGAAUCCAGAAGAAAAAUCUACGGUGCUGAAGUAUGCUGUUACGGGUGCUUGGGGGCAGGCCUUGAGAGGAGGAAGGUUGGUGAUGAGUGGUCUGUGGAGAAGUUGUGUGACAGAUGCAAUAGAGUAUCAGAUUGCAGAAGAGAAUAACGGCCUUAACAACCUUGAAGAUUUGUUUGCAUUUUGGGAAGUGAGGUUCUGUUCUUGGUAUCAAGAACCUUACAAGUGGUAUCAGCAGUCGGCGAUCCUUGGACAAGGCGUUCUAAUGGCAGAGGGUACGCGUGUAGCGUUGAAAGGUCACCAAGAAACAACUCACAAGCAACAAGAUCUGGUUCAGAAGCAAUUGGAAGGUCAUCAGCAGGCAAUUGCUGGUAUAACAGAGAGGUUAGAUCACUUUGCGAAUGUUUUGAGUUCCUUGGUUGAAUCUAUAAAUGUUAAUUCAUUUAGAGAUCGUGAGGUAUCUACUGAGCCUAGAAAUCAUGAGGAGCGGACUGUGUUUCAAAGAAGUGUUAGGUUGGACUUUCCACAAUUCAGUGGAAAUGAUCCUUCGGGGCAGUUUAAUUCAUGGGAAUCAAUGGUGGUUGCCUUGCAAGGGAGAUUUGGACCAUCAAUGUUUGAUGACCUAAUGGAGGCUUUGACUAGGCUGAAGCAAACUACUUCAAUUAGUUUGUACACUUCACAAUUUGAAGCCUUGGGUUUAUCUGGAAGACAUAAGAUGAGCUGUUUUAUUAGUGGGUUGAUGGAUGAGAUUCGUAUACCUGUGAAGAUGUUCAAUCCAUUAAAUCUUGGAGCUGCCUUUGGUUUAGCUAAACUGCAGGAGGAGUACGUGUUGUCUUCAAGGAAGUCUUGGAGGCAAACUAGUCAUUUUGCUGAUAAGUGGCCAGUUUACAAUGAAAGGCUUGUAGAUUCGUCGAGUAGAGGCCAGAAGGAAGUCAUUCAGUCUGUAGAGGAACUUGAGGCACAGUUACUGCCUGAACAGCAAAAUGUGUUGAAGGAAGGGUCAGAAGAACUUGAAGUUUCCAUUCAUGCCAUUUCUGGUUGUAUUAACAGAAGUACACACAAUUUCUUGGAUCCAUUGGUAGUUAAAGCAGCAAAGUUAAAAGUGAUGGAAGAUAGAAAUCUUCAAGUUAAGGUAGCUAAUGGUACUAAAAUUGCUACUCAAGGAAGAUGUGAGGAAACAAUAAGGUUUGAAGUUGCUGGUAAGAAAUUACUUCUACAAGGGCUACUGUCUGAAAAAGUCCAAGUAGAACCUACAGUAAAAAUGUUGAAAUCUUCCUUUGUGAGACAAGAGGGAUGGUUGUUACAAUUGGUAGCCAUUGAUGAAAAGCAAGCUAGAGCUGAAGUUUUACCAGAAAUUGUAUUAAAGGAAGGCACUACUCCAGUUUCAGUAAGACCAUAUAGGUAUGUUCAUUACCAAAAGACUGAAAUUGAGAAGAUUGUGCAGGAUUUAUUGAGUAAUGGAGUGAUUCGACCAUGCCAAAGCCCUCUUUCAUCACCUGUCCUUUUGGUUAAAAAGGCUGAUGGCACUUGGAGAAUGUGCAUUGACUAUAGGGCCCUCAAUCAAGAAAAUGUCAAGGAUAAAUUUCCCAUCCCUGUGAUCGAUGAACUCCUGGAUGAAUUGCAUGGUGCAAGAUAUUUUUCUAAGCUUGAUUUGAGGUCAGGCUAUCACCAAAUCAGGGUGAGGGAAGAAGACAUUUCUAAGACUGCAUUUAGAACUCAUGAAGGCCACUAUGAGUUCUUGGUAAUGCCUUUUGGGCUUACCAAUGCACCUACCACAUUUCAAGGGUUAAUGAAUCAUGUUUUUAAACCCUUUCUUAGAAAAUUUGUCCUCGUCUUUUUUGAUGAUAUCUUGAUAUAUAGUCAAGAUUUAAAGGAGCAUUUGGUGCAUUUACAAACAGUUCUAUCUGUUUUGCAACAGAAUACCUUAUUUGCCAAGAAGUCUAAAUGUAGAUUUGGGGCUGUUGAAGUAGACUACUUAGGCCAUAUCAUCUCGGGAGAUGGAGUUAAAGCAGACCCUACAAAGAUUUCAGCAAUGGUGGAAUGGCCUACUCCUAAAACAGUGAAGGCUUUAAGGGGUUUUUUGGGCCUAACUGGCUACUACAGAAAAUUAGUAAGAAAUUAUGGCUCAAUAGCUGCCCCAUUAACAGAUUUGUUGAAGAAGAAUGCUUUUCAGUGGUCAUUGGAAGCUGAGGAAGCCUUUAAAUUGUUGAAGGAAGCUGUAUCUAGUCCACCAGUGUUAAAGCUGCCAGAUUUUAGCAAGGAAUUUACCAUAGAGUGUGAUGCAUCAGGAGUGGGAUUAGGUGCUGUGCUAAUGCAAAAUAAUCAGCCUAUAGCUUUCUUUAGUAAAGUUUUAAAAGGGAAGGCACUAUUACUUUCCACAUAUGAGAAGGAAUUCUUGGCAAUUGUAUGUGCAGUGGGGAAGUGGAGGCCUUAUUUGCUUGGGCAAACUUUUAAGAUCAAAACUGAUCAGCAAGCUUUAAAGUAUUUGCUUGAACAGAAGAUAGCUACUGAAGCUCAAUAG